AUGGUUACUACAACUGAACAAUUGGAGACGGUUGAGAUCACCAAGCUUAAUGCCAUUGCCGCUGGUACCAACAAAAAGGUUCCCAGAAUUGUGGCUGCAGGAUUGGGUGGUAAAUUGAUGGGUACUGCCGACUUGGUCAAAGUCACCGCAGAGGAAAUCACUCAAGACUCGUUGGAGUCAUUGGCUGAAAAAGAUGCCAGAGAAGCCGCCAAGUAUGCCAAUAAAGCACACAUUUCAGAAGAACCAUGGACCAUGAAGAAUUUCGCUCAAAAGAUUAACUGGCUCAAUCUUAUAUUGGUUGUUGGUAUUCCAGCAGUUGGUUUGUCUUCUGCCCUGACAAUGGUGCCACAGUUCAAGACCUUUGUGUUGGCAUUUGUGUUGUACAUGUUUAGUGGUCUUUCAAUCACUGCUGGUUACCAUCGUUUAUGGGCUCACAAAUCUUAUGACGCUGCAUUGCCAGUACGCAUGUUUUUCGCCUUUUUCGGUGCUGGUGCCAUUGAAGGAUCAAUUAAAUGGUGGGGCCACUCACACAGAGUUCACCACAGAUACACAGAUACCCCAAGAGACCCAUACGACGCUAGAAGAGGCUUCUGGUACUCUCACAUGGGAUGGAUGUUGCAAAAAGCUAACCCAAAGAACAGAGCCAGGGCUGACAUUUCGGAUUUGGUUGCUGACAAAGUUGUUGUUUUCCAACACAAGCAUUACUUGGCUUUGAUGUUGUUGUCAGCAUACAUUUUGCCAACUUUGAUUGCUGGUUAUUUCUGGGGCGAUUACUGGGGAGGUUACAUUUAUGCCGGUAUCUUGAAGUCAUUUGUCAUUCAACAAGCUACAUUCUGCGUCAACUCAUUGGCUCACUGGAUUGGUACCCAACCAUUUGAUGACAGAAGAACUCCUAGAGAUCACGUAUUGACCGCCUUUGUCACUUUUGGUGAAGGUUACCACAACUUUCAUCAUGAAUUCCCAAGUGACUACAGAAAUGCAUUGAAAUGGUACCAAUACGACCCAACUAAAGUCACCAUUUAUGUCUUGUCCAAAUUGGGUUUGGCUUGGAACUUGAAAAAGUUUUCUCAAAAUGCCAUUGAGCAGGGGCUUUUACAACAACAACAAAAGAAGUUGGAUAGACAAAGACAAAAAUUGAGAUGGGGAUCCAGCAUUGAUGAGUUGCCAGUUUGGACAAGAGAAGAGUUUAACGAACGUGCCAAGAAGGAAGGAUUGAUUAUAAUAAGUGGUAUCAUCCACAAUGUCAAGUCCUUUAUCAAGGAACAUCCAGGUGGUCAAGCUUUGAUUAGAGCCACUUUGGGUAAGGAUGCUACUGAUGCUUUCAGUGGUGCUGUUUAUCGUCAUUCAAAUGCUGCUCAUAACAUCUUGGCGACAAUGAGAGUUGCCGUUGUCAAGGAUGUUAGUGUGAAUGCUGACACCUUUGAUGCUCAAGAGAGAUACAUGGAAAAAGAGAAGCAAACCUAA